AUGGCCCUCGUCAAAGCAGAGAAGGAACGUGACGCCACAAAAGUGACCCUGGGGUGGCUCGAGAAGCGGUACAAUGACCACGCCACCGCCCCAAUGACCGAGAAUAAGGUAGCCCAAUACCUUACCACCGUGACCAUCUCCAAAGACAAGAUUGAAGACACCUUCCAACGCAUCGCAGCAGUUGUGGAUCCUGCUGACCUCGACCCCCAUUCAACAGAGUAUGAAUCACUACUUGACCGUGCUGUUGACCUCAUGGAUAAGCUCACUGUCAACCAAAAGUCUUUCAUCCCUGCUACCAAAGCAACUCCUCCCCCAACUGGAACACUCGCAACCAUCAAAGCAGACAUUCAACUCCCACGUCUGAACUUACCCACCUUCGACGGCAAGAUUGAAGAAUGGACAUCCUUCAGGGACCUCUUCAGGACUGCAAUCCACGACAAUGUCCACCUAUCGGACUCACAGAGAUUGGCAUACCUUAAGGCGCAACUCAAGGGAGAAGCAGCUCGACAGGUACAGUCAUUGGUCAUCUCAGAUGCCAACUACGCCAUCGCCGCCAAGCUAUUGGAGGAUCGUUACCAGAACGAUCGUCAACUGCUCUUCACCUUAUUGAAGAGAUUCACUCAACAACAACCCAUUGGACUUGCGACUGCAUCAUCCUUACGCCAACUCAUCGACGGUAGUAAGGAGUGCAUCCGGUCACUGGAGGUGCUAGCCCAGCCUGUGCAACACUGGGAUGCACCCCUCCUCUUCACCAUUCAUCAGAAGCUCGACAGCGCCACCAAGGAACUGUACGAGCAAGGACUGCAGGAUAGCUCCAUUCCCAAGCUUCAAGGCCUCUUCGACUUCUUGGAUCAGAGGUCCAGAGCGUUGGAGGCGAGUGGGAGUAAGUCCUCAUAUCCUCCCAAAGUCCUUGAAAAGAAUAAAUCUCCUCAUGUCAGGAAUCACGUGCACCAUGCACAAGCUCCUUCCUCGCCUCACUCACCACACCCAUGCAAAGUGUGCGCUGAGCCACACCACCCUCUCUACAAAUGUACAGUCUUCCUCGCCAUGACCGUGGACUGCAGAAUCGAAGCGGUUAGAAAGAAUUCACUGUGCUUUAACUGUGUUCGCAGUAACCAUCCCAGCUCGCAAUGCCCCAGCGCUUUCACCUGUCGUACUUGCAGUGGGAAACACAACUCACUUCUUCAUCGUGUCAAGUCACCUGUUCAACCGGCCCCUCCAGUCGUGAACAAUAAUCCCGCAUUGAAUCAUCAUGCUAGCAACAACAAAAGUACCCUUUCUCAAACUCUCCUUGCUACAGCAAUUGUCCUUGUGAAGGACACAUCAGGCCAGCAGCAGCCAAUUCGCCUCUUGUUGGAUGGUGGAUCCGAUGUCCACAUCAUCAGAUCAAGUACCGUCAAGUCCCUCGGCCUACGCUGGAACAAACAGCAAACUCUCAUCACUGGACUCUCGUCAGCCCCAGUCGGAAGUGCGUACGGUGUGCUGGACAUGGAGUUCAGUCCGCACAUUGAUCCUCAUCUCACCAUUCUCGCCAAGAAUGUGAGAAUCAUGACCACAGUUACUGGUCAACUUCCUCGUCACCCAUGUGAUCCCGAUCUUCCUCAUCUCAAUGGACUGCAACUCGCUGACGAGAAGUGGCACAUCCCUGAUGACAUCGACAUGUUAGUUGGUGCAUCACUCGUCUACGGUCUCAUCAAUGGAGACAAAAGACAUGGUCAACUCGGUCAACCAUUUGCCCUCAGCUCGGACAUUGGUUGUACCGCAGCAGUCACAGGUACGAGUAACAGACGUCGACUUGGACAAACGCCUCCGCUCAUUCUGGGAGCUGGAAGAAGUCCCACUCCACGCCCCCUCACACAAGAAGAACAACAAUGUGAAGACCAUUACGUCACCCACACCACUCAACAGCAAGAUGGAAGAUUUGUUGUCAGCCUCCCAUUCAAAACUACUCCUCCAGACCUUGGCUCAUCCCGUGAAAUGGCAUUGCAACGUCUUCGCCAAAUUGAACGACGACUCGCUCGGCAGCCAGCGCACAAAGAACAAUACGUCGCCUUCAUGAAGGAAUAUCUCGACCUCGGCCACAUGGAGGUUGUUCCCCCACAAGAAAUCGAGUCCCAGGCAUCUAAGACCGGAAAUGGUAAAUCCCUCAAUUCAUGCCUACUUGUUGGAGCAACAAUCCAAGACUCCCUCUUCGAUAUUCUCCUACGAUUUCGAACCCACAUCGUCGCCUUCACUGCAGAUGUGGCGAAAAUGUAUCGUCAGAUCCUCGUCGCCAAGCAGGAUGCUGACUACCAACGAAUUCUGUGGAGAGAGGAUCCAUCCUCUCCAGUGACAGAUUAUCGUCUCCUGACUGUCACGUACGGAACAGCAUCCGCCCCCUUUCAAGCUACACGCACUCUCGAGCAAGCUGCCAUCAAUAAAGAAGUGGAACUUCCCCUCGCUGCAAAAGUUGCACGCAACGACGUCUACGUGGACGACGUGAUGUCCGGUGCUGACUCGUUGGAGCAAGCAGUUAAAAUCCAAGAACAAAUCUUCCUCCUCAUGCAAAGUGCCAAAUGGGAAGCAAGACGGUGGAACUCAAGUCACCCAGCUCUUAUCGACCGACUGCCUGUGGAAUUACGGGAAACAAAGUCCCUCAUGCCAUUGGAACUGGGUCACACAGUGAAGACUUUGGGAAUUUAUUGGCAACCUAACUCUGAUCAAUUUCUUUUCCAACUUGAUUCUUCUCUUUCCACAUUCAAAGGUCACCUAACUAAACGUAUCAUUCUCUCCGAAAUAGCAAAAAUCUUUCAUCCCAUCGGGUGGCUCGCUCCAGUUGUCAUCACUGCCAAGAUGAUGACGCAACAACUUUGGAAACUUGACCUUGGUUGGGACGAUCCUGUUCCAAUCGACCUUGCCGACAAGUGGACCUAG